UUCAGUGUCAAACCCGAGGUAUCAACUCAAGGAUUUGAACCAAAAUGCUCUCGGUACAGCGUCAUCUCUUAAACAAAGUGAACAAACCUAUAUCGAUCAGUCUCGUUCAGCGUUUGUCUGGAGAAGUCAAGAGUGGUGAUGGACAGGCAACCAACACACCUCCCCCUCCCCAAGAAUCUUCAGGAUCUGAAGUCAGUUCUGAUAACACCUCUUACAAAGUGAAGGAGUACUAUGAAUACAACCCGUACUCAUUCUAUGAUAUCGACAAGGAUAUGUCCAAAUUCAGGAACCCUCAGCCAUCCAAGUAUUCCCCACUACAACCCCCCAAACAGUAGAGGGAGGUUACUCUAGCAACACCUGUGUUAUCAUACUCUUUGUUAUAGAAAUGAAAUAAAAGCUUAUAACUCUCA